GUUUGCGUUGGGUCAUAUAAGUAAAAUGGCUAAGCCGCGUGUACGAUGUUUUCCACCAGGCUCUGAUGCGUCCGGGUCGCCUGGACCGUAUCGUCUACGUGCCUCUCCCGGACGCUCCCACCCGGAGAGAGAUAUUUGCCCUCCAGUUCCGGAACAUGCCCGUGGCUGAAGACGUGUCCCUGGACAGCCUGGUGUCCGGCACCGACAAGUACUCGGGAGCCGAGAUAACAGCCGUGUGCAGAGAGGCGGCCCUGCUGGCGCUGCAGGAAGACAUCCAAGCUCAGCGCGUCCGAGUCCGACAUUUCGAGGGCGCCCUGGGCGUGGUCACGCCGCGCGUCCCAGACUCUCUGCUGCGGACCUACGCGGCCUACCAGCAGAGGCACGCCGCCGUGGCCCCGCCCUCCUUUCCCCCGUCGUCUUGAAAGCGAGCAAUGCAAUAAAAACAGGUUGAAUCCGGCCCGCAAGAUCAGUUGGUGAAUGAUAAAGAUUGAGAAAAUGAAAGAAACGGCUGUUCUAAAUGUGUCCACUGGAUGUCGCAAUAGUAAUUCAAGUGUAACCCACGUCACACAGGAAAUGUUUAAAGAUGGCGUGUCAGCUGACUAUAAGCACCCUCUGGGUUGGAUGCCGUCGCUCCAAUCAGCGCGAGGUGGCAGCAGAUGGCGACAGACUGAUGCACAAUACAAUACGAGCCACUCAACGGGUAAACAAAACAAAACGGUAAGACGCAAAGACUUAAAGUUAAAAGUUAAAGUGCCAAUGAUUGUCACACACACACUAAGUGUGGCGAAAUUAUUCUCUGCAUUUUGACCCAUCACCCUUGAUCACCCCCCUGGGAGGUGAGGGGAGCAGUGGGCGGCAGCGGUGGCUGCGCCCGGGAAUAAUUUUUGGUGAUUUAACCCCCAAUUCCAACCCCUUGAUGCUGAGUGAGUCAACAUGACCAUCAUCUAUCCAGUUGGAGUUCCAUGCAGCGCUUGCAAUUGGUUGCAUGCACGAUGCGCACCCUGGACUCUGUUGUAAAAAUGUGUUUCUACAUUUCCAUCCAUCCAUCCAUUUUCUACUGCAUUCGGGCGGAAGGCAGGGUACACCCUGGACAAGUCGCCACCUCAUCACAGGGCCAACACAGAUAGACAGACAACAUUCACACACUUGAGACCAUUUAGUGUUGCCAAUCAACCUAUCCCCAGGUGCAUGUUUUUGGAGGUGGGAGGAGCCUAUCGCCAGGUGCAUGUUUUUGGAGGUGGGAGGAGCCUAUCCCCAGGUGCAUGUCUUUGGCGGUGGGAGGAAGCCGGUCACGGGGAGAACAUGCAAACUCCACACAGAAAGAUCCCGAGCGCAGGAUCGAACCCAGGCCUACUCAGGACCUCCAUAUUGUGAGGCACAUGCACUAACCCCUGUGCCACCGUGCUGCCCCCAGUCGGAGUUCCAUGCAGCGCUUGCAAUUGGUUGCGUGCACGAUGCGCACCCUGAACUCCAUUGUAAAAAUGUGUUUCUGCAUUUGUCGUGUUGUAUUUUAUUUCAUGCGUAAAUCUUAAACAUUGGUUUAGUUUGUAGUUAUGUGACCUUGAAUUAUUUAAAAAAAAUGUAAUUAUUAAAUUAACAUAAAAAACACAAGAUACACUUGCUGUUAGUGCACCAACUCAAAAACCCAAAAGGGUUGUUUCCUUCUGUUAUUAAUAUUCUGGUUUCUACAAUAUGUAUCAAUGCAGUCUGCAAGGGAUACAGUCCGUGAAGUUAAUUUGACUCAUUUUCAUUAAUUAACAAGUUUCU